AGGUUCCCCGCCCAACCUGUGAAUGAGGAAACGCUGAGGGGUCGGAGGGGUCGGAGUUGUGCGCUGUUCUGCUGUGCCCGGUGCUCAUGGCUGCUGGGGGCAUUGCCGGGCACCUACUGGCCCUCACCCUGUGCCUGGGUGCCCUUACCUCUACCUCCCAUGGGUUUGAAAUACUUGAGUCGGACUCUAAUUGCUCCCUGCCGGGGGUCAGUUGCUCAGUUCUGAACAGCAAUUGCAUGGACAGCAGCUGGAUCCACCCACGUCCAUGGACUCCUGCUGCUCCCUCCGACUUGGAAGUCCGUCUUGUGAUAGGGGAGAAAGAGUCGGGGGACCAUGUUCCGGUGCUUCAAAUCAAAUGGACGGUGGCCCCCGAUGCCAGUAUCCUGGGCCUGUUGGGGGCGGAAGUGUCAGUGAUGCAGCGCAGCACCAAUCAGCAUCUGUGCAUCCAACUGCAGUUUGAAAGCCAGUUCCCCGGGCAGCUGAUGUCUGACAAUCAGCCAUGGCGGUUUGUGUACAGCAGCUUUGAGGUAGAUCCCGACCAGACAUAUGACGUGACAGUCCAGCACCUGCCCAGGCUCGUUAACUCCAGUCUUAGAAACAGUAAAGAGACGUUUAUCACUGUACCAGGGUGCCAUGACAAACUGAUGAGCAAAACGAAGACUUGCUGCCAGCACGGAGACUGCUGGUAUCCCGACAUUAGUGCUGAGAAAGACGUCGACGACGACCUCAUUGUGAGUUUUGACAGCAGGAGCGACUCUUGCGACUACAGGAUUCUAGUCAAGAACACUGUGGUUGUUUCGCUUAGAACCCCACAGCACCUCGUAGAGCUACAUCCGGCUAAAUGCUCCGGACGUUUGAAUCACACCUUCACCGGCCUGGCUGCCCACCCCCUCUGCUGGUAUUAUAUUGAGGUAUGGGCCGUCCUGCCAACCUGCAAAACCGACUGCAUCCGCUAUAAACACUUCCCGCAGUGUAGCACGUCCGAGCCUGCUCCAAUGCCCAACAAACGGCUGCGUUUGUUCUUCAUACCUGCGGCUUUUAUCAUCCUCCUUGCACCCAUUAUCAUUAUUUGCCUGAAUAGGGCAGACUAUCCGGGCCCAAAACCUCCAAAACCUCCGGAACCUCCGGAACCCACCGUGAAGAAGGUUUGGUUGGUGUAUUCUGCAGACAGCCGCCGGUAUGUGGACGUGGUGAUCAAGUUUGCAGAUUUCCUGCGGGACGCUUGGGGAAUGGAGGUGGUACUGGACCGAUGUCAGGUUAAUAACAUUGGACUUGCCGGCGCCACGACCUGGCUGAGCCGUCAGAAGUCCGAGAUCGAGAGAGUGAAUGGGACGAUCUUGCUUCUGUGUUCCCGGGGGGCGCAAGAGAAAUGGCUAGCCAGGCAAAGUUAUGGAAAGAACAAGGUGAGGCUGAGGGAAGACAGCAAGUUUUUUUCGGGCGACCAGGGGGACCUCUUCUCCUGCGCCCUCAACGUGAUCAUCCCGGACUUUGAAACGAGGAUACACGACCGCUACGUGGUGGUUUAUUUCGGCGACCUGACCAGCGGCGACGACAUCCCCUCGUUGUUUAAAGUCUGCCCCAAGUACUGCCUCCCUCACAAGCUACAGGACGUCUUCUUCAGGAUCCAGAGACAAGAACGGAUUCGCCCCGGAGGGGAGUUCACUGUCCCGCAGGAGGAAACCCUGAGUUAUGACAUCUUGAUGAAAGCGGUGAGCAAGUGUCGGGUCUGGCAGGAGAAGCAUCCGGACUGGUUCCGGAACCAGUGUUUGACCAGCGAGGCAGCGGAGUCUGACAGUGAAGAGGAGGAGAUUAUUGAGGGUCUUACACAGAGGCUUAAUCCACUUGUGAAGGUUCCCAGUCGUUCCAUCUCCACGGUGAACCCCGUUAUUAAUAAGCCAAUCGCUUCCAUGGUAACGGACCCUGUCAUUGCACAAGGGCCAUCAAGCCUUCAGAUCCAACCCUGUAUACAGGAAGGAGGCCUGAGUGUGCAAACAUGGCAGCCUAUCCUAAUGGAGGGACAAAUCUGUAGGCAGGAUCUCCACUUGAACCCUCUGCAAGAUCCGACUGUACCCGGAAUUGAAAACGACUCCUCCCCGCAGUCCGACCAGGGAUACCUCUGCUUGGAUCUGCUGAAGGAGGAGCACAUGAGGCGUUUAAUGCAGUUGCCCCAGAGUGAACUCAUGGAGGUUCCAGAGACAAAUGAUGAGGAAGACUACUUGAGGCUGGAGCAAGUAAAGCAGUCAGAGCAGCCAGACCAGGGCUACAGCACCUGGGACUCAGUGAGUAGCCGGGACAGGGAAUCUCUGAUGGCAGCCCAGGUAAAGCUGCUGCAGCAGAGUGGAGUCUUAGUUUGUGAUUAAUUGGCAUGUUUUGCCUUAAAUGUGCCAAAAUGGUAGUCAGUUACUGCAUUUUCCAACACAGGGAUCCUCAAACUAUGGCCCACGGGCCGGCCCCCCAAGGAAAUUAACCUGGAGCAGGGAGUUGAAGGACAAAGCAGGGGAGCAGGGAGCCGGAGGACGGAGCAUGGGGGCAGGGAGCCAGGGGACGGAGCGGGGGAGCAGGG